UGGUGGACGGCGCGGGAAUACGUCAUCACGUAGCCCGCGCGUGACGUCACGCGUAUGGCGAUGAGGAAUUUGGGGGCACCACGAACCCGCUCGCAGUUGUUGGGCUUCUUCAUUCGCCGAACAGUCCCCCCCCCCUCCCAAACCCCUAGCUUCUCAGACCCUGCAGGGAAACAUUUUCUAGAGCACGGUCCCAGAAAACUCCAGCUGAAAUUCAUCUCCGGGAACUCUACAAUCGAAGACACUGCACUACGAAACGGUCGUGACAAACACACAGACCCAGGAAGGCGAGCAAUAGCAGUCCCUUCGGAGCGGUGGCUUUGUACAUGAGCAACAGCUCGUCGUCGUCGUCGCUCCUGCUGCCUGUGCACCACAAACCUCAUGCAGACAAACUCCUCAGCACUGCCCUGGUGCGCUCAGGCAUUGCGCCAGGGUCAGGAGCAGCGUUGUCAUGCUUUGGACACUGAGAAGGGUGAGUCGGUGUCUCUGGAGAGCAAGAAGCAGAACUUGAAGCAACACCUGCAAUGCCUGAAGACGAGCAGCAUCGAUUUAGACAAUCUUAACGGGAUUUACUUGGCCGUGGAUACAUACGCCACUCUCGAGGAGCGGCAGCAGUUGUCAGAAGUGCUCAUGCAGGAAGGUGGGGCAGAGAUGAUUAUGAGCGUGCUAUUGUACCUCUCGUCUGAGGGAAGACACAUCCCUGACUCCAGCCUCCGUCGCAUGGAAAUGGCCUUGUGGAUUUUGCAACGGUAUACGUGUGUCCAUGCACCGAUCAGACGGCGUCUGGUAGAAUGUGGUGCGGUCAAGUACCUGAUAAAGCUGUUGAAACAUUUGCGCCUAGAAGCAAGAUCCUCCAAUGCAGACGUGAGGUACAUAGUCCGAUCUACACUGGGUACACUUGCGAACAUCUGCCUGAACCUGGAGUUUAAGACGUGCUUCCGACAGGAGAAUGCUAUGGAUGAGAUAGUCGCUUACACCAAGCAAAGCGACAAAGUGUGUAAGUUGGACAGCCUUGCGGUACUGUCACGUAUAACCAACGAAGAUGAGGUGUAUCUGGUCAGUGAAGCUAUUGGUGCUAUAAACAUUCUGGUGGAGGUACUGAACGUUCCCACUUAUUAUGACUACACGCGCUUUGAGGGAAAGGUUUUCUACACUCAUAAGCUGUUCGCGAAUUUUACAUUCAUAUGCAUAGCAGGGGGUGUUUACAAGAAAACGAUAGAAGCUUCAGCACUUUCAGGACAGAGUCUGGAAAUAGUGGCAGUUGAGCAGGAGGAAUCAUCUGAUCCGAUGAUUUAAUGGCUGGACCAAAUUUAGUGAGUGCAUUUUUAUAAA